CAUGAUUAUGUAGCUGCACAAGGAACGCACCAACGAUGUCACAAGACACGCACCAGUCCUAAUUGAUGUCCAUCCAUCCGUCCAUCCCCUGGCUGGCUGACGGACUGACACAUGCAUUGCAGACCAAAGGCCGACAUCACCUCCCUACGCACUGCCUGCCUAUCCCACUGUUUGACUGGAUGAUAUGUACACACAUCGAUACUCUCACUCGUUGCCCGCCCGCCUCACCUCACAUCGGUCGCAUCGCAUCAACACACCCGGCCCACACGCACGAUCCAUGCAUGGGUGUCACACAUCUAUACGACACACGGAGGGGUCAUGUCAUGCCGCCCUGGGAUGGACCUUCAGGCUCACGCCUCCAGUGAGAGCGUCCAGCAGCCGAGACAGGAAGGACGUCAGCGCCAGGAAGCCCCCUGACCGACCACACACACAGGGAGGGAGAGAUGGAAAGGGGCCAACGUGUGGCCGGGCUGGAUCGGCCGGUCGGUCGAAUGAAUGAAUUAAUGAGCUGAUGAGGGAGGGGAGGCGACGUACCAAAGAUCUUGCAAAGCUCGACCAGGUAGGCGGCAUACGACAUCUCCUGAGCACACGAACCGAACCACCGAUGAGACGACACGACGACCCACACAUGGUAUGGAUGGUAUCAGUUGUCUCCUGUCCCACCUCCCAGUAGUACUCGACACGAAUGGGAUCGAUGUCGUAACGAAAAAACACUGCGGGCAUGCAGGAGGACCACACCACACCACACCGUACUUAGGCGGGCUGCAGACCCGGGGUUGGCUUGACACAAGCAAGAAACAUACGUACCUGCGGGCCCGACGAGUUCGCUGGUAAUAAAAGAGCUGGCCGACAGCUGGUACCCCCUGGCAGCCUCAGACGCGCCUGCCGGCUGCAAUGACGACGGGAUGACCGUCAGGUAAUACUGCACACACAGACACAGACACAGACGCACACAUGAGAGAGAUGACCUACACACGCCUUACUGUAUGAGCGGGGGGUGUCGGUCGCCGUCUGACUGACUGCCUGACUGACUGACCUGGAAUGUGUAUGCAGGUGGCGACCGAAAGUUGUCCAGCGGGAUGCGAUUCUGAUAGGGAGCAAAGCACAGAGUGAGUGAUGUCGGCUCGGUUCCCCCCACCCAUCCUCACCCCUCCCUCUACCGUUACCCCACCUGCAGCUUGGUGAGCGCCCACUGGUGUCUCCAUGAGUGCUUCUCAUCCUCCUCUGGGUCGCUGAUGGACAGGUGGUGGAUGGUGUGCUCCAUGUCCACACGGCCGCCGCCAAACGCCUGGACAGACAGUACACACGGACCGCACGCAAGGAGCCACAACAUGACAUGAGCAGGGCAAACAGACAAUGAACGAACGAUGAAAUCACCACCGACUGACAUUACCGAUCUGAGGGCUUCUUGUGGCAGGGCGUGCGUGGCGAUGUGGAAGUUGCCCGGCACCUGCAUCCAUUUAUCAAAUCAAACACGACAGUGGACUGGACAGGGCUCCCCAUCAAAUGGAAUGUGCUUUCUCACUGCCUGACCCGAUAGGUAUCGAAGUAGCCAUAGAUCUGACACGUCUCGUCACGCUGCUCUCGUAACUUGGCCAGCUGCACACACACACACACACACACACAGAGGGAAGGGAUGGCCAUGUGUGUCGUGUCGUGUACGCACCUCAGCUUCGUGGAACGAGGGCAGCACGGGCAAAAAGUACUGCACCAUACCACCUGGCCGCGAGUGCUGAAUGACGGCAGCAGGCGCAGGAGCAGCAGCAGGGGCCACCUUGACAGCGGCGUCCUCGGCCGUCAGUCUCCGCCGCCUUGCCGACACCUCCACGUCACCCUCAUGCUGCUGCUCCUGCUGACCUUGGUGCUGCUGUUCUUGCUGCUGCUGCUCUUGCCCCUGUCCGUCCCCCUGCCCGACUUGAGCAGGGCCCCCUGCUGCCUGCUGAUCCUGCGGUGGUGGUGCCUGAGCAUCGCCGUCCUGCCCGCUGGCCGCUUCCUUCGGUGGUUGCCUUGCGGCCUCCUCGGCUGGCUGCGCAGGGGGUGCUGCAGGGGGAGGGCCAUCUGCUUUUGGCUGCUCCUGCUUCUGCUGCUGCUGCUGCUGAACUGGCGGCAGUGGCUGCUCCGGCUCGUUGGCCUUGGCCAUGUCUUUCUGCUGCUGGACGGCCUCCUGGAUGCUGCGGUGAGAGUCGGGGGGCGGCUGCCUGGGUGGCAUGGGGGGCAGCACUGGUGGAAGGGGGGACGCUAUGGACCUGGACGGGAUCUGGCCAGCUGACAUGGGAAGAAGGAUGUGUGGCUGUGUUGGUUGGCUCGUGCGCGUGUGUGUCUGUGGCUGCUUGCCUUUUACGGCCUGUUCGAGCACUUUGUCGUCCUGUGCGAAGUGUUUGAAGGUGCCCGGUGCACCUUGCUGCUGGUCCUCCGUCUUGGCGGCCUCCUUGGGCGCCAUGUCGUGGUCGUGAGAGGCCAAUAGGUCCUUGGCCGUCACGCCCGUCUUCGGCUGGGUGUGCUGGGCUACACGCACAACGACAGACAGACAGGACAUGCCAUGGGAGAAUUCAAGUGUGUGUGUUGGUUCAGAUGGGAUGCGCUUGCCUUGUUCGAUGAUAGAUGGGAUGACCUGGCCCAGGUUGAAGUCGCCGAGACGAAUAAUGGUUGGAGGCCUGUACAUGGACGCCGCCUGCGGGUCAUUCCUGACGCACACACCCAUGCAUGCAUACGGAUGACCAAGCGGACAUCUCCUUUUCUCCCUCCCGCAUAUGUACCCACCUGCAUUGUUCGACAUCCUCGAUCCUGGGCAGAGCCCAUCUUCUCAGCCGGUAGGCCAGCAUCACGUCCGAGCAGGUGUUGCAGCAGUCGUCGUCACCCCCCGCGCCGUAGCACGUGCCACACGUCUCAUUCUUGCCUCCCUGCAGAUCCAUAUGAAGGGAAGCCUCCCACUCCUGUCACAUCAAACUGGUAUGUGUAUCCUUCGAUCAAGGCCCACCACUUUUAAUGACGGUCCCGUCACGGAUGUGGAUUUCCUUUGCAUGCCUCCCUGACUGGGGUCGUUCAUCGAAUCACGAGUUCUCAGAGGCCUGCAUGCACAGUAUCCACCAUCACACACACACACACACACACACAGACAGACAGACAGACAGGCGUGUGUUUCUUCGGUCCUGGUGUGUGUGUGACCAGAGAGCGUUUCUUCGGCCCUGGUGCUGGCAGUGUCAGCUGACCUGCCAAAUCUGUCGAGCCUCUUCUUGAAUAUGGUGCUGCGCACAUCGACCACGUGUGAGCCCAUGGCAUCCUGGAUGGACACACACUCACACAGUCAGUGGCUGGCACGUCUGUGUAGAGCGACGGACAGACAGACGGCGUACUGUACCGAGAAGUCGAGGGAGAUGGCCGAGCACGGCAGCGAGUGCAGUGUCAUGUUCAGGUUCACACGCAUCUUCUUCAUGUCGGGCCCAGUGUCAAUCACAAACCUGUAGCCUCAAGCACUUACAAUCAAUUACACGCAGCCGGCCGAGCACACAGCCCGCGAUGCGAUGCGGCUGUGUUCACUUUGCUUGCUGACCUUCUUCUGGGUUGCGGCGUGAGGAAGUUCUGCAGGCUGGUGUAGCCGAAAAAGACGAUAAAGGCGAGGCACAGCAGCGAGAGGAAUGAGUGAUAGGGCGGCUCGGUCUGACUGCGGAUCUCAUACGGGAUCUUGCUGCACCACACACACACACACAGACAGGCAGCAGUGCAGUAAUGCGCAGUCAGUCAGAUCUGGCGCACCGAAAGAAGUCAAAGUCGCGAAAUCCCAUGGCUGCGCAAGAUCUGUACUUCUGCCUCCUAGCAAUAGGUCAUCC